AUGGAGCCUCUUGGGGCGCGACCCGCACCGGCGGCGGGGCGCGGGGGGGCGGCGAGUGGCGGCUGGCCGGGGCGGGCUCCCCGAGGCGGGUCCCCGAGGCGGGCCCGCGGCCUCCGGCGGAGCGUCUCGGAGCAGCGGCGAGGGCGCCUGGCGCUGCCGGCCGGGGCCGCGCGCCCGGGCGCCGGGAGGCGAGGCGGGGAGCGCGAGCGGCGGCCACCGCCACGUCUUCCCGGCAGUGGCGGCGGCGGCGCGGGCCGAGGUGAGCGGCGGCGUGAGCCGGGCCGGGCUGGGCGGGGGGCGGCGGCCCCGCGGUUCCCGCCGCGCCGGCCCUGUGCAGAGCCGGGCGGCCGCCGAGGCCCGGGCCCCGAGCGCGUCCCGAGCGCAACUCGUGCCGGCCGCGGGCGGGGGCCGCGGGGCCGCGCGUCUCUGCGCGGGGCCGGGGUCCCCGCUCUGCGGGCCGGGGCCGCGCCCGGGAAAGUUGGGGCGGACCGCGAGCCCCGCGGGCCGGGCGGGAAGUGCGGGCGCGCGGCGGUCCCGGGGGACGGGGGCACGGGGGUCGCCGGAGGCGGCGGGCGCGGGUGCUCGGCGCGUGGAGAGGAAGGGGCGCGCUCGGGGUCCCCGGCUGGAGCCCGCAGGUGCCCGGCGGGGCCCGCGAUCAGCCACACAAAGUCCACCUCAGCCUAUUAUAAAGAAAUUAGGGUGGACUUAACAAAGCUCAGAAGCAAGAGAGGCUGCAUAAGCCUGGAGUGGAUGUGCAGUGGAUCCACUUGGAGCAGCCUUACUUGAAGAAUAAUACCCCCAGGAUCUCCCCUUGCUGUGGGAAUAAUCCAAGGCACCUUUCCGGGAAGUCAGUUUGCUGACACUACUGAAGCAGCAGUUCUUGGAAGUUGAAGAAAAGGAGAUCCGGCGCCUUGACCCGAGGGGCGUGGCCCUCCCAUCGGAACCGGCUCCAGACGCGCCCUCCUAGCA